AUGUAUUCUGUACCAGAAGAGACCAAAAAGGUUUUCCAACAAGGGAUAUUGGAAAAUCCCACCAUCAUACCCAACCUGCCGAAGGACUUUCUAGAUCAUGGCAAGAAGAUCAAAUUUGAAGGACAGGAUGCUCCAACUUUACCAAUAAAUUGGCGGUUCGCUGAGAGUAUAUCUUCAAUCAAAGCUUUGGAAGCGACGGUGCUUUUAUCACUGUUGAAAAAGAAAUAUGAUGUGGAGCCGAAAGAAGUUAUCAUCAACACCGAUCAUGCACAACUUUUUAUCAUGUCUACUCUAUUGUGGGAGAUUAACCACGAAGGAGCCAAGGUGACACUAUUCAAUGGCUCUGAUCCGAAUUCUGAAAAUGGAAAACUUCUUGCAAAAUGGUUCCCUUCAACUGAUAUUCACAGAUUACAAGGAACACAUCAUCGUGCCUCUUGUACAAACAUUUACAAGACAAAAGAUGGAAAGUACUUUCAUAUACAUGGAAGCAUGAAUCCAGAUCCUAGCUUGGAUAGCAUUGGACUACCUUAUGAAAUGGACCAGCCAAGCGUCGAAGCGUCUUGGAACCCAUUCAUAGAAAAGAUAGGACAAAUAGAAUCAGAUGACAUGCAAAGAAUAGCAUCAGAUGAGUACAAACAAGCAGGAACGAUUUGUUGGACAAAGGAGGAAUAUAAAAAUAGCGAGCAUGGCAAAGCCAAUGCUAACGUUGGAUUGUUUGAAAUCAGACACCAUCCUAAUACCACCCAAGUUGCAAGUUGGUGGCCCGAAACCAAGCAAGCAAGCCCAAAGCGACCUUUGGCUGGCUUGAAAAUCGUUGACAUUACCCGAGUUAUCGCAGCUCCAGCAAUAGCAAGGGGUUUGGCAGAAUUGGGUGCAAGUGUCAUGAGGAUCACUCCUCCGCAUCUUCAGGACUACUCUCAACUGCACUGCGAUCUGAAUUGGGGGAAAUGGAACACCCAUUUGGACUUCAGGAACAAAGAUGAUCUUGAGAAAGCCAGGGAAUUGAUCCGAGAUGCAGAUGUUGUUGUUACUGGUUACAGACCGGGAGUCCUUGAUAAAUAUGGGCUCGGGAAUGAUGGCAUUCGCGAGCUAGUUAAAGGCAGAAGUCGAGGUAUUAUUAUCGCAAGAGAAAAUUGUUACGGAUGGCAUGGUCCUUGGUCAUAUCGAAGUGGAUGGCAACAAAUUAGCGACGCAAACUGUGGUGUCUCGAUGGAAUUUGGCCGAGCUAUGGGUAACGAUGAGCCUGUCACACCUAUCUUACCAAACUCGGAUUAUUGCGCUGGAGUCUCGGGUAUUGUUGGAAUUCUUCAAGCGCUGAUACAGCGCUCAGAAACUGGUGGCUCCUACGAAAUGGAUGUUGCUCUAAACUACUAUUCUCAGUGGCUUGUCAACUCAUGUGGCAUGUAUCCACAAGAAGUUUGGGAGGAUCUGUGGUCAAGGAAUUACAAGCCUGUCUUCCGACACUUCCACAAUAUGAAUUAUACAAUGCCCAGGCUAUUCCAGACCCUAAUAAAGUCAGGCACGGGCAAAAGUAUUUUACGCGAUGAAUUCUUCGAGAAUAGAGAGACUAAGGCUGUCGGGGUAGAUAUCAAAACUGUAAAACCUAUUUUAAGGUUCCCAAACAAAGAAGUGGAAUUGAGGUACAAUGUUGGUACCAGAACAAACGGUGUUGAUGCUGCGCAUUGGCCGACUGAUCUUAUGACAGAAAUACCUCUUAUCCCACGAAAGAACCCAGAUGGUAGCUCCCAAAUCGUCGCCUGGGCCCAUAAUACCUCCGCUAAAUUCUCUGAUUGCGCUCUUUCUCAACUCCGAAAGUUACAACAGCCCCUCUUCGCGCCUUAUUUCCUAGUUCUAUCCGGCUAUGUUGUGGUUGCCAUUGAUUAUGCCGAUCUAGGUGUCUCCCAUUGCACUCAACCACAGAACCAACCGAUUAUUCACAACUAUCCCGCCAGUCCUCUUGCUGCGAACGAUGUGACAUAUUCGAUUUUGGAGGCUCGUUUCACAUUUCCAUCUCUAGGAUCAAAGUUUGUAUCAAUUGGUGAUUCUCAAGGGAGGGGGCGCAGCUUGCCCAUUACUAAAAACCAUGUUGAAGAAAAGAUUGAAGGGUACCUUGGAGGAAUUGCAAUCAGUCCUACAACAGAUAUUAGAAGUAGUUCUGUUCUAAUUGGAGCUAUCGUCUGGGCGGGAAUGAUGCUCGGUCUAAGAAAAUGUUUUUCCCAAAUUCCAGUAUUCAGUAUUUUUACCGAGGAGGGGCACGCCGCAAUGAACACUUAUAGACACGUUGAGGAAGGUGGCGCAGCGUAA